AUGGAGGCUCUAGGCAAGGUGCACACGAGGCUAGCCCCAGCAAGUACCGCACACGCCGAGGAGUCGCCAGUGGAGAAGAGAGUAGAGAAGCAGCCGACGAAGGUUCGGCCGACACCGGUGAUUGAUUAUUCUCGUCUUCCGUACCCCGCCCGUGCCUUGCAGCAGAAACAUGCUCAGGAAUACGGGAAAUUCCUCGAGAUGUUUACACAGUUGAAAAUCAAUCUUCCGUUCAUCGAGGCGCUUCAGUCUAUGCCUAAGUAUGCGAAAUUUCUCAAAGAUCUUUUGAAGCGUAAGGAGAGAAUCGGUGAGCUUUCGAAUAUCCCGUUGACAGGAGGUUGUUCCGCGGUAGUCUUAAAUAAGCUACUAGAGAAAUUGACCGACCCUGGUACUUUCACGAUUCCAUGUUUCUUCGGGGGAGCCGUUACCCCUGCUCACGCCUUAGCCGAUUUAGGGGCCAACAUCAAUCUGAUGCCGUUUUCGUUGUAUGAGCGACUUGGUCUAGGAGAGCUUACACCCACACGCAUGUCAUUGUCCUUGGCUGACCGAUCAGUCAAGUAUCCUCGUGGGAUAGUAGAGAAUUUGUUGGUGAAGGUUGAUAAGUUUGUGUUUCCAGUGGAUUUCGUUGUGCUCGACAUGGAGGCCGAUGAGAGAGUUCCUAUUAUUCUGGGCCGUCCAUUCCUUCGAACCGCAAAGGCGAUCAUCGACGUCUUUAAUGGUAAGAUUUCUCUUCGUGCGGGUGACGAGAUUGUCACAUUUGAGAUCGAUAGAGCGAUGCAGCAUCCUGGAGGCGAGGGAGUUGUUGACGAGCAUGAUGAGGAGGAGGUUGAAGAAGUAGAGGAGGAGCAGUUGGAUGAGAGUGAUGAGUUGAGUGUUCCUGAGCCGUUAGAGCUCGAUGCGAUUAGUGAUGAGAGUACUCCUGUAGAGAUUCCACCGCCUUUAGAACUUAAGGUUCUUCCAUCACAUCACAUCUCGAGUUGA